AUUAUGUUGGUAACACUCCGGACCAGUAGGCCGCGCUGUGAGAUUAGCUGCAAACGGACUUCAAACAAAAGCAGAAGAAGACGAUAGUUGCGGGAAAACUAAAGCAAAUGAUACCUAAGCUUGUAACUAUAAAAAGAUAAGCUCUUUUGAAAAUCACCAUGAAAACCCCAAAAGCCACAGAUGUCAAAAAGGGGAUUUCAGUCCUUUGGGAGACCCUUCAGUGUCCAAUAUGCUUGGAUUUAAUGACUGCACCUGUAUCUACAAAGUGUGACCAUCAGUUUUGCAAGUUUUGUAUGAUGAAACUUUUGGACAACGGAAAACAAAACGUAGCUAACUGUCCAGUGUGUAAAGCCAAGGUCACCAAAAGGAGCUUACAGGAGAGCCCAGGGUUUCAAAGACUUGUUGCAGGAUUGCAGGACAUGAUACAGGCAUAUGAAACUGACACUGGAACAAACUACAUAACUGGAAUGUCUCGUCAAAAAGCACAAUCGAGAGUCACAGACGUUGAAGCUACUACACACUGUUAUGAUAUGUCAGCUUUAGAUACACCUGGCACUGACCAAGACAUUGUGGAAAAUGUUGACAGUGCUGAUCUUCCAAAGUCUCAUUCCUCAACUAUAGCGGCCCAAAAUGGAUUUGCAAAACUUAUGGGGCUUGAAGACACAAGUCCUUCGAUGACAGAAAAUGAAGGCCUUGACAGUGGCCUUGGGGAGGCCCCACCAAUGUCUGACAAUAAAGCACACAGCCCUACACGUAAUGUGCAACCAGUGGGAACUGAAAUGUUGCAAGUUGUGGAAAAGGCAACAACACACCAAACUAGAGGCAAAAUGAGAUUUUCCAAAUUGGAGAACACAUCCGUUCAUCCACAGUUAACUCCAGACAAGACCAAACACCAACCUCUAAGUAAGUCCUCAAGGAAGAAGCAGAAAAGGGAUUUGGAGCCUGAGAAGAUUGUUGACCGGAAACAGAAGAAAAGUCUAGAGAAAGUUGCUGAGUGGCUCAUGAAAGUUCCGACUGAAGGAAGUCUUGAGUUGGAGAAACCGAACGAAGACGCCCAUGACGACUCUGACAGCUGCUCUUCCACUUCAACAAUAGAUGUCAGGCAAGACAACAGUGAUGUGAAUCCUAGAAGGGAGGAUCGUGCUAAAGCCCUUGAAGAGCAGGUGUUUGGUGCAGUCUACAAACGAGAGCGAAGAGGAAAAAGGACCUUCUCUCCUCCACUUAAUGUUUUUGGCAAACCACCAAAAACUCAAGAGAGAGCUGGUGAUUUUGUUAGCUCUGAAGGUAAAAGUGAAAGCGAUAUGGAGGAAGAGCAACAGAUGAUAGAAAAAGUAAGGGACACCAGCAGUGACAUUUUAAAAGAAGCAGAACAGAUGGAGCUCGUGGAAGGAAAUGGAAGAGACAAAAAUGGCGUAGAGAUGACUAACUUACCAAAAAGUGACAAAAAUCACAAAGAUGAGGUUCCCUGUUCUGUGUCUGAUAUUGGACAACAGCAGCCAGAAGGAAAGUCGAAGAAGAGAACACGUGCUACUCUGCAACAGCUUGACAGUGAUUUACUAGAACAAGCUAAGGCACCAUCAGAAAGUACUGAGCAAAAGAAAACUGAUAGGAGGAAAAGAAAAAACAGGUCAGAUAAAGGCAAGUCUGCUCGAGUGACAAAACCCCUUGUUCUAGUUGGAGUUCAAAAUGGAGAAAUCAGUCCUAAGACUAAAUUAAGGUCAGAAGAAGUUCAAAUUCAUAUUGAGAAUUACCCUAGCAGCGAGGACCAAGAAAUCCCUGUUACAAGGAGCACCAGGAGGAGCAGAAGGCUUCAAGUCUUCACAGAGGAAGUCCAGGAACGUCACAAGAAGGCAAACUUGAAAGCCACUAAACCUGAAAAAGACAACAAUGCUGCAAAGGAAUCUGGGGACACUAAAGGUGGAACAUUGGGUAAUGCAGCAUCUCCUAAGAAUAGAAACAUGACAAAAGUGCCUGAAAGAAAUGGAUGUAUUUAUGAUCAAGAUUUAGGAGAAAUAGAAAACAUGGAGUCUGGUGACAGGACAUGUUUGAGACCAAAAGAAGAUGCUGAAGUGCCACAUUUGUCUGAGGCUACUGCUGCUUGUCAUGUUCCUGUAGUCCCAAGCUCUGUUAGUCCAGCUGAAGCAGCUGUGUCUGACACAACACUUGAAAGUGACAAUCCAACCAGUCCUUUCACACAUGAUAUUCACUUAGAGGCUUCAGCUUGCAAGACUAAAGAAAAUGAGGAGGAUAAGAAUGACAGUGAGCUGGACACAGAGCAACUGCUCAAGAGCUUCAAAGCCACUAAAAGGAAAUCUUUCUGUCUUGGUGGUCCAAAUGUGAAGAGGAGCCGUAGUUCAGACCAAGAAAAUGUUCAGCGAGUUGAAGCAGAUGAGAACCAUCAUGCUCCUUCUGCUGUUGAAUCUGCAAAAGAUCUGAAUCACACAAAGACACCAGAAAUCACCCAAGCAUUGAAAGAUAAUCGAAACUCAUCUUGUUGUGAUUUGACCUCCCCUCCUAACUCACCUGGCUUGACAAGAAAAGCAGAUGUUGAGAAACCAGAUCUAGUAGUGAUGGAACCCUCGACCCCUGACAGCACUUGUUCUGGUCAGGACAGUGCCUGGGAUAACUGUGUCUCAAGGGGUAGUGUCAGUAGUGCCCUUUCUCCCAAUAAAGUAUCAAAGCGUGAAAUGGAAAGUCCUCCUCUUUCUGUUGUGCCUAAAAUAGUAGAUUCAGGGCUCUGCUUCACGGCCGUUCAGCAUGACGAACUAAACGAACCCACCAAGUAUUCUCAAAUCACAGAGGAUCAGCUUGAUUGCACCAGCAGGGAAGAGAUACAAGACAGCAUUUCGGUGCACAAUUCCAGUGGAAAGCAUUCAGCCAUCAACACUGGGCAUAUUUUAAAUGCAGAGUCCUCUUUAACCCCAGAUGGUCUUGGGAUUCCAGCUGUACAAAUUGCACACGAAGUGGAGUCAUGCAGUCAUGAUAGUGGAGAGCUCAGUGCCCAGUCCUCCGUCAAAAUCAUGCAAAGGAAGAGGACCAGGGCCCGAAGGCUUGAGUCUUCAUCUGAUUUGUCAGAUUGCACUGGAGAGGAAUUGCCGCCUUUGGCUGAAAUUUUUGGCAUAUCAGGUCCUCCCCCUGCUCUGAUCCGGGAUCAGGGCGAUUCCAGCGAUGCUAACAAAUGUGAGGGUGUUACAGCUGGAGGAGGGGAACAGUUGUGCCGUCCACCUGGAUGCCCCAGCCCAGACUGUGUUAACGCCAGCCAAGCGUCUGUGGACUUGUUUGGCACGCCAGAAGAAUGUGAUGUUGUGGUAAACGAACCCAAUGUUUCCAUGGAAUCAUCACAAUUGUCAAGUGAAGUCCUUGUUACACAGCAAAAGAUAGAGAUGCAGAAGGAACUGGUGAGGUUGGAGAAGUUGAUGGCUCUGGUGUCAGAGGUGCUUCAGGAGAAAGAAGACAGUCCUGCAAACAUGGACCGCUCAAAGACCAACCAGAGAGGCAAAAUCACAGAACCCGACGCCCACAGAUCCCUACCACAUGACCAGGACCCAGGAUCUGACCAGAAAACUGUUCCAGAAGCAGAACAACAGCCCAACUCCAGACCGUGUGAGGGCCAAGGGGUCAUGCAGCCCGGCGUGUCAAAGCAUAGCAACUUUGCAGAGAUGGCAGCACAGCACUCCACACACACAGGUCAGAGCGUAAAAGGCACCGCAGCACUCAAAACACUUAGUUCAAGUUCAGCCGGCAAAUCAUUAAAGAGCAACGGCUCGCCAUCAGAUGGGCAAGAAGACAAAGAAAAUAACACUCCUACGAGAGACAGAAGUAAAGCGAAGAUGGUGCUGGUAUCGUCUGGAUUAGGCCCCAAUGAACAGAUAAUGGUGAAAAAGUUUGCCAAGCGAGUUGGUGCCCGUGUGGUCUCCCAGGUAACACCAGAGGUGACCCAUGUCAUAAUGCACACAGAUGAACAACUGGUGUGUGAGCGCACGCUGAAGUACUUCCUUGGCAUUGCAGGCAGGAAGUGGGUGGUGAGCUUCCAGUGGAUUUCAGAGUGCUUCAAAGAAAAGAAACUCUUAAAUGAGAGUCUCUUUGAAGUCAGAGGUGAUGUGGUGAAUGGAUCCAACCACCAGGGCCCCAUGAGAGCUCGUACCUCCGAAGACAACAAUUUGCUCAUGAAGGACUACAAGAUCUGCUUCCAAGGACCUUUUACAGACAUGACUACAGAUGAGAUGGAGUGGAUGGUGGAGCUCUGUGGAGCUGCUGUAGUCAAAGACCCACUUCUCCUCGACAGUAAACAGAAGUCUCAUCAGGUGGUCAUUGUUCAGCCUGGACCAGCAACGUCAUCGUCCACAUACAGCAGUCUCUCCAGACAGGCUACAGUUGUCACACGUGGUUGGCUGCUGGACACAGUGGCAACCUACACCCUCCAAAAUUUCAGCAAAUACACAACAUGAGCUGAGAGGUCAAGUGCGUUAAACCCACAGCACUGGCACAGCCAUCGUCUCCUCGUGACACAUUUUACAACUUCUUCUUUUUUUUUUAAUGUCCGAUAUUAUAACUAAACUUUCAUCCAUCUGUUUUGUCGAUAAGCUUAAAGCUCUAUGUAUUUUAUGUGUAGAACAUGAUGUAUAUAAAGUUUAAUCAACAGAA